AUGGCUUCCACCGAGCCUGUCACUGAGCCAGCCACUGAGCCUUCUAUGAAGCUUCCUACUGAGGUUCCAGCUGAGACUCACACUGCGAAUCCCGCUGUAUCUCUCACUGAGCCUGCCGAAGGCCUCGUCUCCGAGAACCCUACCGAGCCUUUGUCUGAGACUCCCACUGAGCCUACUACUGAGUCUUCCGUCACACCUGUCAGCAUGCCCGCCUCUGAGACGGCUACUAAGGAGACAACCGAGUCUUCCACCCACACUGCCAAUAAUCCCAUCUCUGAGACCUCGACCAAGCCUGCCACUGAGACAUCUCUAGAGCUUCCCACUGAAGUCGCUACUGAGUCUUGCGAUGAACUUGUCAACAUAACCACCACCGGGACAGCUUCUGAUCCUACAGCCGAGACUCUCACCCAGCCUACCAGUGUCACCAUCCCUGAGACUUUCAUCGAAUCUUCAACCGAGCCAUCAUCUGAGCCUAGUGGUCAAGAUUCAACUAAAACUGGCGAUAACGCUCCCAGCGAGACCCCCAAGCAGCCUGGCAGCGAGAAUAUCAUGACAUACCAACUUGAGGACACUCCCGAACAUCUGGCAAGAAUGGAAGAGCUACGUGCGAGUGGUAUGCUCACUAAGCGCUCCACCAUGCCUUGCUCCGCAUGUUCUUUCAGUCCUGAACGACAGAGGUGCUGCAACUACGAGAGCCACGUCAAGAUCUUCUAUGAAGCCGGCGAUCGCGGCGUUUGGGCCCUGGGCUCCGACCUUAUCCUAAAGGACCGUGGGCCUAGUUAUCCAACCGAUGAAAACGCAAACCUCCGCUUCGUGAAGAAGAACACCACCAUUCCUGUCCCUACUGUGAUCUCGCAUCACGAGGAAAGUGACGGUCACGCUCUCACUAUCAUGACUCGCAUUCCUGGCGAAAACCUCAAGGAGGCUUGGUUUAAGCUGACUGAUGAUGAGAAAGACAACAUUGCGAAGCAGACUGCCGAGUAUUUGCUCCAGCUCCGCUCUCUCCAGUCUGAUCGUCUCGAAUCUCUCGACGGUCGUCCUGUGUUCAGUAAAUAUCGCGGCAGGGAAGAUAACUGUGAGUCUGCUCAGGAUCCUACAUCUGAUGAUUAUGUGUGGAAUCGCCUGGCAGCCUCCCUGGAUCCAGCCGUCCCCGAAGCGGUGCGCUGCCGGCUUCGGCGCUCCAUGCCACCCACUAAGCCCUUUACCUACACUCACAAUGACCUCACACACGUCAACAUCAUGGUCCAGAAUGGCAAGCUCAGUGGUAUCAUCGACUGGGAGGCCGCUGGAUACUAUCCUGUUUGGUGGGAGUAUACCCGUGCAAUCGUGACCUGUGAAGGGUUGGAAGAUAUGGAAUGGAAAAGCCUGUUGCGCCAGUACAUGCCCAAAACCCAGGAAGCCAAGUCCUGGUACUUGGACUGGUUUUGGCUACGCCACGGUGUGGACAAUGAAAGAGCGAGGGAACUUAUACAGGAGGCUGAAGAGGACGAAUUCGAGGAGGAUGUGACCGAGAAGAAUGAGCCUGAAGUGGGUGAAUCUGACGAGGAUGAGUCGUGA